AGCAUACGAGAAUUCACGCCUUACAUACGAGUACGCACAUACUAAGUACCCGAACACAAAGUGCCGUUAAGUGGGUGGUUGCUGGCACGCAAAAUAUGUGGUGAGUUUUGUGUGUGGCACAACCACACCACCACACAUUCACUUGCCUGGCCGAAAAUAAAACAACGCCAUUUGCCCACCUUUGCAUACCAACGCAGCUGAUUCAUUGCGCGUCCCAGCUGUAUUAAUCUGCAUAUGAACAUGUUUGGGAGGGAGCACAUGCCGCGUGCCGCUGGUGAAAUUGCCUCUGUGAUGACAAUGGUGAUUGCUGUUAUUCACCACAAACGGUUGGUGUUACAAUUGUGAGCAAGCUAGAAGAAGAAUUCACCACCACCACCAUUGGCAACAAAGCAGCAAGCGUUGUUGUUUGGCGGAUGAAUGAAUGCGAGUGUUUGCUGAGGUAAAAAAGUCGAUUUUAUGCUCCGCCAUACAGAAGCGCACAUUCAGUCAACAGCAAGACAGCGACAGUAAAAGUUGUGCGAAAUUCCUUUGCACAACCGAACUAAAACAUUUUAUUUCAAAGCGAAUUGCAAAAAAUGCUUGAGUUCUGCGAAUUUUAGGAACCAUAAUUUAGUUUAAAAACUGUUCUUGAAAAAAAGGAAAUAAUAUAAAAUUCCUUUCUGUUUGUGAGAUAAAGUUGAUGAGAUGUGAAUGAAGUUAUUUUUAUCAUUGGAAUUUGUGAAAUUUGUCGUUAAGCAAUAAAUCACACUAACGAAGAAAAAACAAUAUAAUUAAAAAAUAAUAUCAAAAAAAGACAUAAAUCAUUUAAGAUCUGUACUGCCUUCGAAAAGCCGAAAACCAAAUUAAACAUCGAAAAUGCAAGUUUUAUUUCCGGAACAAAAAUUACCCAAGUCACUCUCGGAAUCAGUGGACGGUAGGCUGAAAAUCGUCGAUGAAAUACAAAACUUGUUGCAAGCAGCCAACAUUGCUGGCGCCAACAACCUAUCAAAUAAUAGUAGUAAACAGAAUAGUGAAGAACUGCAAGUUCAAAGUAAACCAAGAAUUGACACUGAUGGCAACAACAAUAACAAUGCGAAGACUGACUUGAACGACAGAAUAGCAGUGGAAAGCGCUCUACAAGCUUCCAUCCACACUCACACACCGUUCGCCGGCAUCUCCCAACUACUGCCCAGCCUUUAUCUCUGCGGUGCCGGCGUGGCCAUGCCGAUGAUGCUCGACCAACUGCAGGUGCGUUUUAUCAUCAAUGUCGCGCCCGAACUGCCAGACACACCACUGUCGAGUGUGACCAAGCCGCUCUACUUGCGCAUCAGUGUGCACGACCGUCCUGACUCCGACCUCUCGGUGCACUUUGACGAGGUGGCCGAUAUGAUUGAAGAGGUGCGUCAGUUGGGCGGCAAGUCGUUGGUUCACUGCGUGGCUGGCGUGAGUCGUUCGACCACCCUGUGCCUGGCCUAUCUCAUGAAAUACGCGGGAAUGUCACUUCGCACCGCCUAUCUGCACGUCAAGGCCAUACGUCCGCAGAUACGUCCGAAUACGGGCUUCUUUCAACAAUUACGGCGCUACGAGGAGCAGUUAAGGGGCACAUGUUCGGUACAGAUGGUCUACUAUGAGUCGUUGAAUAAAGAGAUUCCAGACGUUUAUCAGCCGGAGUAUCGUGCAAUGGAGGAGUUCUAUCAGCGCCAGCGAAAAGCUUUGAAACGGCAUUAAGGAGUAGUAGUAGUGGGUUCCGGGGGCCUAAGAGAUAAAAAUUAUAUUCCAAGUGUAGCAUUAGUUGUGUGAUAUAUAGGGUUAUUGGAUUAAUAAAUAACGGGACAAUUUGUGUGUGUUGCAUAAGAUAAAAUGGGGUUUAUAGCCAUGUAAAUGUGGUAGUAUCGGAAAAUCGCUAUUUUGUUAGAAAAGUAUUGAUGUGCCUUAGGCUCGACUAAUCUCUAAAUAUUUAUAGUGAUAUAGUUGUAGUUCCUCAUUUAAUUCAUACUUGUAUUAAUGUUAAAUUAUUUAUCAAUUUAUAUAUUAAGAAAAUAAACUUUAGUAUUUUAAA